UUCUCGGCGUCUGGACCGUGGCAGGAGAGUCAGGGAGCUGACAUGGAGGUGCCGGAGCCGUUUGCGGCUUCUGACGACGCCAUGGACUCGUUCCUGGAAAAGUUCCAGAGCCAGCCUUACCGUGGCGGGUUCCACGAGGACCAGUGGGAGGAGGAAUUUGAAAAGAUCCCCCUAUUUAUGAAGAAAGCGCCAUCAGAAAUUGAUCCCCGGGAGAAUCCUGACUUGGCUUGCCUCCAGUCAAUUAUUUUUGAUGAAGAGCGAUCUCCAGAAGAACAGGCCAGGACCUUUAAAGACGAGGGCAAUGAUUACUUUAAAGAAAAAGACUAUAAGAAAGCUGUGAUUUCGUACACUGAAGGAUUAAAGAAGAAAUGUGCAGACCCUGAUUUGAAUGCUGUUCUUUAUUCCAACCGGGCAGCAGCACAGUACUAUCUGGGCAAUUUUCGUUCUGCUCUCCAUGAUGUGACAGCUGCCAGAGAGCUAAAACCCUGCCACCUGAAAGCAAUAGUAAGAGGUGCCUUAUGCCAUCUGGAACUGAAAAACUAUGUCGAGGCUGUGAACUGGUGCGAUGAGGGGCUGCAGAUAGAUGCCACAGAGAAGAAGCUUCUGGAAAUGAGGGCUAAAGCAGACAAGUUGAAGCGAACUGAACAGAGGGAUAUAAGGAAAGCAAAGUUGAAAGAAAAGAAGGAGCAGGAUCAGAAUGAGGCUUUACUCCAGGCUAUCAUGGCUAGGAACAUCAAGCUAGUGUCUGAAGCUGUUGGAGAGGAUGAAGAAGAUUCAGCCUCAGAAGGUCUCGGUGAGCUCAUCCUGAACAGGCUCACUUCUGAGAACCUCUACGGAGCCAGGCUGAGUGUAGAUGAUGGGGGAAGCCUGAGCUGGCCUGUGCUCCUUCUGUACCCAGAGUAUGCCCAGUCAGACUUCAUCUCUGCCUUUCACGAGGACUCCAGGUUUAUUGAUCAUCUAAUGGUGAUGUUUGGUGAAACGCCCUCUUGGGAUUUAGAGCAAAAAUACUGCCCUGAUAAUUUAGAGGUCUACUUUGAGGAUGACGACGGGUCAGAACUGUACCGGGUGCCUCCCAAGAGCACCCUGCUGCAGGUGCUGCAGCACCCCAGGUACUUUGUAAAAGCCCUGACACCAACAUUUUUGGUCUGUGUAGGAUCCUCUGCUUUUUGCAGGAAUUAUCUCCGGGGGAGAAAGGUGUGCCAGGUAAAGUGACUGGCGCCAUGCUGUGAGAGCCAGGCCCCCUGGACCUCCUCCCCCCUCCUCCUCCUCAGCCUGGGGUCUAGCACACUUGAAUCAGCAGGACCUACUCCUAGAAUCCAGCGGUUUAUUUCUGUCACCCGGGGGACAGGCCUUCCCUGCAUUGUGGUUGGGGAGGAGCUGCCGACUUCCUGAACUGCAGCCUCUCUGGUCAGAGUGCUGAGCUCCAGCUGGUCUUCACUCAUCUCUCUCCGUACAAAACUCCGUGCCUUGGUCACGACAUCCUUGGACUCACUGUGAGCUGUGUUACCCACCAGCCUCCAUCUCUGACCUGAGGAACCACUGGUCUGUGGACGCUGACUCACAAUCCAGUGACAUGGUUCUGAACCUUUGUGGAGUCAGAGGCCUUAGAGAAGCUACGGCUCACACUGCAGACAUACACAAACCAUGCGUGUAAUUGUAUCAGAGCUGAGAGACUCGGGCCUCCCGUGACUUCACAAGCACAGACGGCUGCUCUCUAGGGAUGCUGUAGAUCCCUUGGGGUGAGAUGGGGCCAGGAAAGCCAGGUCCUGUUUCUGUAUCUAUGAAGACCUACAAACUGGGGUCCUCCAGACCCCCUAAAAUGUUCGUCACUUUUCCUGAUCUUUGCAGUGUGGAGAACUGUGACAUACUUGGACAGUAUGUCACAGUUUUCACAUUUCAGAAUUUUAUGCCUUUUAAACUGGGAAACCUUUUUGUAUGUUGAGUCACUGUCAUACGUUGUAUUUUUGCCUGCAGCUUUUUGCUUCCUCCUUCCUAGAGGAUUUUAUAUACCCUUACCUUGCGUUGCCCACCCUGUCCCCCAGGGAAGAGUGUACUUCCCUGCUCCUGAUGCAAAGGGAUGUGAGUGGACAUGUCCAGACCGAGCUUACAGAGCAUCGUGUGGUAGGCUUUUGCUCUUUUCCCUCUGCCGUGGGAACGUAUUUCCCAGAGAGGGGCUGUUCCUUUAGCCUGAGUGUCGGAUGCUAAGGCACAUGGAGCAGAGCUGAAGCAGCUGGCCUGCAGCCAUUGACUGUAACAUGAAUGAGAAAUAAAUGUUUGUUGUAGUAAUAAGCACUGA